AAACACAAAUUUACCGUAAAAAGCUGAUAAAAAUGUGAAAUACAAAGGAUUAAAUGGUACAAAAAUCUAUUAUAGAAAAGAAAAUCCGCCACAAAAGGUAUAAACCUAACAAAAAAAAAAAAACAAAUCUACAACACGACAAAAAUCUAUCACCAGGGGCCAUAAGAAAAUAGUGUAACCUUCAAAAGCUGGAGAAAAUUAAUUUCCUCCCCCUUCCUCUCUUUAAUCUCGGCUAAACUAUGAAACAACUGACACCAUUAUAGUCGAGAGGUUCAUUGGAACGGCUCCAGUUGCGCUCCGAAGCAACAGGAUGUGAGCGGAUAUCAAAGGAUACCGCUCACCUAACACAACUUUGAACAACACGCCAAUACUGCUUCUACCCCCGAACGUGCAGCUGUUGUCAGCUGUCGCACCGUUCAUAACGUCUCUUCAAAGUGUACCGUAUUGUUACUUCGCAGAAAGCGUAAAUACCUUCGAAACACACUCUCUAUCACCCCCACCUCUCGAGCUCUUCUUGGACCCUUCCUUCUAGGGAUUGGUCAACUGAAUGAAAAGCUGCACUUCACGUUUUUCGGGCAUAAUUCGCUAGUAGUAGAGAGAGUUGUAGUGCGGUUUUAUAUUGCUGUGUGUGUGUAUGUGUGUAUGUUUGUCUGUCCUUUGAUCGAUUACUGGGAUGCUACUAACAAUAACGAGAAAUGGGAAAAGUACAGAGCAAGCAAGGAGAAUGUUACGUCUUCGACGCCCAUCUUAACCCGGUCGAACAUACGGACGAAAGCAGAAAGUUACAAAAGAUGCCAUUGACAUCGUCGACCGCUUCGAAAUUCUGUUCCGAAUUAUCUUUGUCGUUAUGCCAUGUGGAUGAGUGCAAAUCGCCAGACAAACAUCCCCUGAAAGGUAGACUGCUGCAAGUUCUCAAAAUAGUGUUUAUGAAUUGUUUAGUAUAUCUUCCGCCGAAGGAUUGUUCCGAGCACGGAGACGGCGAGGAAAACCAACUGGAGAAGGCAGAAGAAGAAAAAAGCGAAAAGGAAGAGCGAAGAAAUAAUUUAAAAGGUAUCCAAACUGAAAAUUCAGAAUUCACUUUCACCUUAUAUGAUUUCAAUGGCUCUGGAAAAGUGUCAAAAGAUGAUGUAGAAAGAGUCGUAGGAAGGACAAUAAGUGAAGCUCUGGAGAAAUCUCUGAACUUUUCGGCGACUAAUCACACCAUUCAAGUUCAUCUUGCGAUAACUCCGGAAAGUGAAUCGAAGCAUAAAUUGAAAAGCGAUCAAAUAGAAAGAGAAGGGACAAACUCGAGUAAAGAGAAAGUAUCUCUCAAACACUACUGUGAUGCCAAUGCGACGCAUCCUCCAUUUACUCCGGGAAAGUCUAACAGAAAAAAAUAUUACAACCAGUUCGAAAAGAAGGUUUCCGACCUACCGCAACAGUCGCGUAGUCCACGCAUGCAGAAUCAGAAAUCCCGCCGUAAACUUUCGCUUGCUGAUGACAGAUAUCCCACAAAUAUAAAUGAAACAGUCUUGCCAGAGAAGAGCCACAAGAACCGGCAUUAUUCUUCCACUUGCAGAAAUAUUCCGGAAUGUCUCAAUCACCGCAGUCACUAUCUCGAUCUGGCUGGAAUCGAAAACUACACUUCAAAGUUUGCAACUUAUACUACUAAUGCGUGUCUAUCGGUACAUGAGUGCCCCGGAGAAAGCUUUCAGAGGACUAACUUGUCUCGCUGUCAUAAAGAAAGAGAGAGAAAAAUGCAUCAUCGAAGGAAAAGUUACAGCAAGGAAACGCAUCCAUUCAAUGUAGAUGCAUCGCCACACUUAUUCAGACAAAAUAAAGACCAUAGAUGUGAUCUGUUAGAAACAAACUUCGAUUUGUCCGACGAAGCAAAGGAAAAGUUCAACUGGGAACACCCCAGACGAUCAAAAUCGCACGACGUGCACAAAAAUAACGAAUAUUUAAGGCAUAAUUCUCCGAAACCUAAGUGCCAGAAUAGUGCGGAGAGUGUUUCUCCAAACCACUAUUGCUGCCGCAAACAUAAAGAACAGGAGAAAGAAUCUCAGUGGAACAAACUGAGAAAGCAUUUAGAGAAGGACUUCAAUACCAAGUGUCGUAAAGAAAAUCUUAAAUUUAUAGCCCUGCAAGAGAAAGAUAAAUGUGAGCAUCAUCAUGUACAUGAACACAUUCAUCAUCAUUAUCAUCAUUAUGUGGAUUCGUAACGUGAAUUAUUUACAAGUGAUGUUUUUAAGUACAUCUAAUUUAUACAAUUUAGUGACUGUGACUCAAAAUAUUUUGAAAGUUUAUCAGAAAAUUUGAGAAAAUGGGAUCGUAAGUGGCAUUACAGUUAGUGAUUAUAUAUAUUAUUAAACGGCGUACUUAAAAAAUAAUUAAAUUGUAACAUUACAAUCGAAUACAGUCGACACCCCAUAACACUGUUGAUUUUUCCAUUUUAUACGAAUUCCGUGUUGUACGAGUCACUUGGAUUUUACAAAUAUGUGAGCAGUUCACAACCCGGCACACGUAUCUGUAAAAUCUAAGUGACUCGUACAACAUGGAAUUCAUAUAAAAUGGAAAAAUCAACAGUGUUAUAGGGGGGUCGACUGUAAUUUACACAUUUCUGAAAGACUUAAGUCCUAUUUGCAUCUCAAACAACAAAUAUUAUCUUUAUUAUUGCCGAUAAUAUAAAUAAAAAUUUAACUUUUACAAUUUAUACACUUUAAUUAAGUAGAAUGACUCAGGUUUCUGCAUUUAUCACAGGCCGAGCAUUCCUAAAACAUUUAGAUAUAGCAAUGCUUUUUGCA